GUGACGCUCAAAGUGGCUGCUGUUGCACAUUCAAUACGAUAUUAACUUAUCACGGGUCCGCAGACGCCCGUGAAGUUGCGCUUUAUAAAGCAGUUCGAAAUAGGGAUCGUUCACAACUUCUUGGGCAGGGUGAUUGCAAGGGCAAGCUCACGAUCACCGACAGCAGUCAAGUUACGGAACUAGUGCUCUCUGCAACGGCACUUCGGAAACAACCGAGCGACUCUAAAAUACAUUAUUAAAAUGGCCACUGCGAAACUCCUUGUCAUAAUCGCUUUCUUCUAUUCAUCGUGUGCUGCGAUGGUGUACAGGACUGAUGAUCCAUGUGACUUCAGAGAUAUUCAAAUAGACGAUGAAAUGUUUUCCAAGCUGCUGGCCAAGCUUCCAGAAGGUCUGGAGUACGGCCCACAGAGCUUCCACUCUCUUCUCCCUGGAGUUGAUGUCGGCGGAAUGACUGUGCGUGGCCUGAGCAAACUCCGCCAGUUCGGGCCCCCAAUUCCUUACUGCGCCAAAGGAAAGCGCAUGGUGCAAGUUGACUUCUACAAUGGUGAACCUAUAGAAUUCGCAUCACCAUGGAAGUCUUGCUCAGACCAACAAGGAGAGCUAGCUCUUCGCACCAUGUUCUUGCGGUUCACAGCGCAAUUUGUCAUUGUCGAGUCCUCUGGUGAAGGAUUGAAGCUGGAAUUUGAGCGUGCACUUCCUGUUACAACGCAGAACAUCCGCGUUGUUGUCAGAGGUGUUGGGCAUAUUGUGCUCGAUGCUGUUGAAACACUGAGCGCACUCCUACCAAGUGUUCUUGAAGAAGCUUGGAACAGGCAAUUUUUGUAUAAUCUUGGCAAGGCCUUCGAUGUGGCCCUUGAAUGAACUAUGCACAAUAAAAAAAUAUCGAUGUUGCCACACCAAAACACGGUCUUGCAAUCAUGUCGCUUUUUCCUAUUUCAAGAAGCUUAAUAAAGACACUCACUUUUUCUGGA